UUGAAAUCAAACCGCUAUUUCCUGACGAGGCAGUCGGCAGCAAAGACGUUUUAGUUAUUGUUAAAUCUGGUUGGGACUUUUGUAAUUCGUUUUUAAACAUAGUUUGUACGAUUUGUGAGCAGCAUAUACAAGAAGAAUGGCGGAACCGUUGAAGGCCUUUUUAGAAAACAAGCCGGUGGAAAAGACAAAGAAAGAUCCUAAGCGUAUGUCGGUGGAGAGGAUCUAUCAAAAGAAGACGCAGUUGGAGCACAUAUUGCUCAGACCAGACUCCUACAUCGGCUCUGUAGAGCCUGUCACCCAACAAAUGUGGGUGUAUGAUGAGGGUAUUGGAAUUAAUUGCCGUGAUGUAACAUUUGUGCCUGGGCUUUACAAGAUUUUUGAUGAGAUUCUUGUAAAUGCAGCUGACAAUAAGCAGAGGGACAAGAGCAUGUCGUGCAUCAAAGUCAGCAUUGAUGUUGAAAACAACACCAUCAUUGUAUGGAAUAAUGGAAAAGGAAUUCCUGUGGUGGAGCACAAGGUGGAGAAGGUCUAUGUGCCUGCCCUCAUCUUUGGACAGCUCCUCACUUCCAGUAACUAUGAUGAUGACCAGAAGAAAGUCACUGGUGGACGUAACGGAUAUGGUGCUAAGCUGUGCAAUAUCUUCAGUACAAAAUUCACUGUACAGACUUCCUGUAAAGAGUCCAAAAAGACGUUCAAGCAGACUUGGUAUGACAACAUGGGCAGAGCAGGGGAUGUGGGCAUCAAGCCCUUUGAUGGAGAGGAAUACACUUGCAUUACUUUUAGGCCAGAUCUGGCCAAGUUUAAGAUGAGCAUCCUGGACAAAGAUACUGUUGCUCUGAUGACAAAGAGGGCCUACGAUAUUGCCGGGGCCAGUAAGGGUCUUAAGGUGUUUUUCAACGGCAAGAAGCUCCCUGUUUCAGGAUUCCGUAGCUACGUGGACAUGUAUCUGAAGGAUAAGGUGGACGAACUGGGAGGUCCCCUCACUGUGGUCCAUGAAAUUGUCAACGAGCGCUGGGAGGUCUGCCUCACUUUGAGCGAGAAAGGUUUCCAGCAAGUCAGCUUUGUCAACAGUAUUGCCACGACCAAGGGCGGCAGGCACAUCGACUAUGUAACUGACCAAGUGGUUGGCAAACUCAUCGAAGUGGUGAAAAAGAAGAACAAAGCUGGCGUGACUGUCAAGCCUUUCCAGGUGAAGAACCACAUGUGGCUGUUUGUCAAUUCUCUGAUUGAGAACCCUACAUUUGACUCUCAGACCAAAGAAAACAUGACACUUCAACAUAAGAGCUUUGGCUCCACUUGUUCCCUCAGUGACAAGUUCUUUAAACAGGCCACAUCUUGUGGGAUUGUGGAUAGCAUCAUGAAUUGGGUGAAGUUCAAGGCUCAGGCUCAGCUCAACAAGAAAUGCUCAGCUGUGAAGCACACGAAAAUCAAAGGUGUGCCAAAACUGGAUGAUGCUAAUGAUGCAGGUGGGAAGAACUCCAUCGGCUGCACGCUGAUCCUCACUGAGGGAGACUCGGCCAAGACACUUGCUGUGUCUGGCCUGGGAGUGGUCGGAAGAGAUCGUUAUGGUGUGUUCCCUCUCAGGGGGAAAAUGCUCAACGUUCGGGAGGCAACACACAAACAGAUUAUGGAAAAUGCUGAAAUCAAUAACAUCAUCAAGAUCCUUGGUCUUCAGUACAAAAAGAACUACAGCGACCCAGAAUCCCUCAAAAGCCUGCGUUACGGCAAGAUCAUGAUCAUGACAGAUCAGGAUCAAGAUGGCUCCCACAUCAAGGGUUUGGUGAUCAACUUCAUCCAUCACAACUGGCCGUCAUUGCUCCGCCACAACUUCCUGGAGGAGUUCAUCACCCCCAUCAUCAAGGCAUCUUUCAAGAAAACGCAGAUCUCUUUCUACAGUAUCCCUGAAUUCAAUGCAUGGAAGGAAAAACAGUCUAACCACAAAUCUUGGAAAGUCAAAUACUACAAAGGUUUGGGGACCAGCACAUCGCAGGAAGCCAAGGAGUACUUCUGUGAUAUGGCGAAACACCGCAUCCCGUUCAAGUAUUCGGGACCUGCUGAUGAUGAAGCUAUCACCCUGGCCUUUAGCAAGAAGAAAGUGGAAGAACGAAAGGAGUGGCUCACCAACUUCAUGGUUGACCGGCGCCAGCGCAGGGAGCACAACCUUCCUGAGGAUUACCUGUAUGGUCAGUCGACCACGUCUCUGUCCUACAAUGACUUUGUCAACAAGGAGCUUGUACUUUUCUCCAACUCCGACAAUGAGAGGUCCAUUCCCUGCUUGGUAGAUGGUUUGAAACCAGGCCAGCGGAAGGUGCUGUUCUGUUGCUUCAAGAGGAAUGACAAGCGGGAGGUGAAGGUGGCCCAACUGGCUGGUUCAGUGGCCGAGAUGUCGGCUUACCAUCACGGCGAGAUCUCUCUGAUGAUGACGAUUGUUGGCUUAGCCCAGAACUUUGUGGGAAGCAACAACAUGAACCUGCUACAGCCUCUUGGACAGUUUGGAACCAGGUUGCACGGUGGAAAGGACUCUGCCAGCCCUCGAUACAUCUUCACCAUGCUCAGUCCCUUGGCCCGUCUUGUUUUCCCUGCGGUGGAUGACAACUUGCUCAAGUACAACUACGAUGACAAUCAGCGUGUGGAGCCAGAGUGGUACAUGCCUAUCAUCCCCACUCUGUUGGUAAACGGUGGCGAAGGUAUUGGCACAGGCUGGGCCAGCAAGAUUCCCAACUAUGACAUACGUGAGGUUGUCAACAACAUCCACCGUAUGCUCAAUGGCGAGGAACCUCUGCACAUGCUUCCAAGCUACAAAUCCUUCAAAGGUACACUUGACCAGGUUAUGGACAACCAGUAUUUGAACUGCGGAGAGGUGGCCAUCAUUGACUCCACCACCAUUGAGAUCUCUGAAUUGCCUGUCAAAACCUGGACACAGUCCUACAAGGAGAAUGUGCUGGAACCUAUGCUGAAUGGCACAGAGAAAGUUCCUCCUCUGAUUACCGACUACAAGGACUAUCACACUGACGCAACGGUGCGCUUCGUGGUCAAGAUGACGGAGGAAAAGCUGAGGGAGGCUGAAGCCGCUGGCCUCCAUAAAGUUUUCAAACUGCAGAGCACUCUGACCUGCAAUUCUAUGGUCCUGUUUGACCAUGUGGGCAGCUUGAAAAAGUAUGAGUCAGUGCAAGAGAUCCUCAAGGACUUCUUUGAGUUGAGGAUGAAGUACUACGUGCUGAGGAAGGCCUGGCUGGCAGGUCUGCUGGGGGCAGAGAGUGCUAAACUCUCAAACCAGGCCCGCUUCAUCCUGGAGAAAAUUGAGGGCACUUUGGUUAUUGAGAACAAGCCCAAAAAGGAACUGAUACGUAUGCUCCAGGAGAUGGGUUAUGACUCUGACCCAGUCAAAGCUUGGAAACAGUCUCAAGAGAAGAAUAUAGAGGAGAUGGAGACUGAGGAGGAGGAAGGAGAAGAGAAGGAGGACAACAGUGGGCCCGACUACAACUACCUGCUGAGCAUGCCCAUGUGGUUCUUGACCAAGGAGAAGAAGGAGGAGCUGUGCAAACAGAGGGAUGCUAAGAUGACAGAGCUGAACAACCUGAAGAAAAAGACUCCUUCAGAAAUGUGGAGGGAAGACCUUGCUGCUUUCUCUGAGGAACUGGAGCGCCUUGAGGCAAAAGAAAAGGAGGAGGAUACCAUGCCUGUGAAAAAAACGGGGAAAGGCAAAGCAGUGAAAGUGAAGCAGGAGACGAUGCCUACACCGCAGGGCCGCCGGGUUAUUCCACGUGUCACCAGCGCAAUGAAAGCGGAAGCUACCAAAAAGGCUGAUCUUAAGAAAGGAGAAGGCAAGAGAGGCAAAAAAGUCAAGAAUGAAAAUAUUGUGAUGAAGAUGGAGUUUAGCGACGAAGCAGAGAAUUCAGCGCAGAUGGAGAAUGCAGAGAAUUCAGCGCAGAUGGAGGACACUGGUCUUGUCGCUCGACUGGGGAAAAAAACUAAAACUCAGGCAAAAGACAAAGUUUCAAAGCCUGGUAGGCAGACCACUCUUCAGUUCAAGCCCGCUGCUAAGAAGCCGAAGAAGAAUCCGUGGUCAGACAAUGAAUCUGAGAGCGCGUCUGACGGAGAAAUGGAGGCAGAGGAAGUGGUUGCUCCCAGGGAUCGCGUCGAACGUAAAACUAAAGCGACAGUGAAGUACAGUAUGUCUGACAGUGAAGAGGACUUUGAUGACUGUGGAAAGACAAGUGCUCCAAAACGGAAAUCUCCCAUCAGUGAUGAUGAGGAUACAAGCUUUUCCCCAGAUGCCUGCGUCUUGUCAGAGAGCGAAGACGACUCUCCAGCUCCACCUCCCAAAGCUCCUGAGCCCAAGAAAAAUCCAGCAAAGAGCAGAACAACAGUGAAACAAACCAAAACAAAUUCAAGUUCGCAGUCUGACGAUGAGGUGCCUCCACCCAAGGCUCCAGCUCAACGUAAAACCAAAGAGCCUGCUCCCAAGAAGGCUGCUCCCGCCAAGAAGGCUGCUCCCGCCAAGAAACCAGCGGCAUCCAAGAAAAAGGCAGCAGAUGCGAAGCAGCCCUCUAUCUUGGAUGCGCUCUCUAAGCCCAAACCUGCAUCUAACACUGCUGCCAAAAAGGUCCCUUCGUUUGACUCCAGUGAUUCGGAGGAUGAAAGGAAAGCUCCAGCUGAAAAGGCAAAACCGGUUCUGAAACGAAAACCAACCGCCAGUAGUGAUGAUGAUGGGAGCAGCUCGGACAACCUCAUGUCACGCCUGAAGGCCAAACCAAAGGCCGGUGCCAGGAAAGUAAAGAAGUGGGACGAGGAUGACAGCUUCCAGAUUUCAGACCAAGAAGUAGCUUCUCCUGUUGCCGCGGCAGCGCGAGAUAAACCCUUCCGUGCUCGGAAACCUGUUGCCUACAAACUGGACUCGGACUCGGAUAGCGAUUUUUAAAAUGUCAUAACUGUAAAUAUGUGCGAGAGUGAGGAUUUGAGUGUUCCUGGAUUGGGCAGGCUCUUUUAGUCAUAGACCAGGUGUCGCUUGGAAAUUAAUACAGUUAAAGAUUCUAUUGGCUGAAGUACGACUGCAUUUCCCCUCACAGCUUAAAUGGAUGUUCAAUCUGUUCAAUUUAGGAAAAAAACAAUCUUUGUCAAAGAAUAUGGGACAAAGAAAAUAAUUGCAUGUAGGUUCUUUCGCCUAUAAUCCUUUCUCUUGUGUUUUGUCUUGUCUUGUAAAUAUUUCCAUGGCUGUUCAUGUAACUGUUUUAAAAAAUAAAAUUUGUUAUUAAAUUGAA